AUGGAUCGUCAAACCUAUAACAUCGGGAUAAUACUAUCAACGCCUGUUCACGUCGAUUUGGCCGCUGGAUACUUUGAUCAGAUACAUGAAAAUUAUUCCUCUACCUCGUUGAGCGUGACUUACAGCACUGGCCGAGUUGGUGAACACAACGUCGUCGUUGUUGCUGCAAAUAAAAGCCCCGCUAGCAAAACUCGAAACACCCAAGAAAUCUUAGAUGAUUUGCUCAAGAGAUUUCCGUCCGUUCGUGCGUGCUUCUUGGCAAGCGUUGAUGCAGUAGCAUCCCAAAGAGGCCGUUGCGUAGUAGGCGACGUCGUGGUCGGGAUUCGGCCCAACCGACGAAAUGGUGUCAUUCACUUCGAUGCCAAGAAAUCAACACUCCAAAGGCGUCUUGUUGCUACACGGGAAAUGAAGCACGUACCUGGGGUUUUGGCCGCCGCUGUUGAGGAAUUACUUGACUUGAAGAAGCAAGAUUACCGGCAGCGAGACUCUGUUAACAGCAGCAUACAGCCUCAAUUCAAAAGUUUCCGCGGAGUAAUAGCGUCUUCAUCAACCCGUCUAGCCGACGAGGGCCUGGUCGAUCGUAUAAAAACAGAGAAUGGUGUCUUGUGCUUUGAAACGGCGGCUGCACAUUUCAGAAAUGAAUCUCUUGUCGUUGUGGCUGGUAUUGCAAGACAAACGGGUAGCAGUCAGAUCUUGCCAAGCGGAGAUGUCUGCGAGAAUGUUCUUGCGUAUCUGAACAGCCUCAUCUUACGGCAAGAAAAAGAGACUGCUAGCGAACGCACCACGCAUGCGAACCAGGACAUCAUACCGUACGAUGCUCUGUCAUAUUGUUGGGGAGAUAGUACAAGACUAUGCCAGCCGAUUCAUGUGGACGGAAAAAUACUAUUCGUCACCGAAAAGCUUCUCGAGGCUCUCAACUACUUGAGGCGCGAGUAUGAAGACCGCAUAGUAUGGGUUGACGCUAUCUGCAUUGAUCAGAGCAACGUCCAAGAACGCGGACAUCAAGUCGGAUGGAUGGGGAACCUUUAUGCGCAUGCCGACCGCGUUUUGUGUUGGCUAGGACAUGUUCAACAUAACGUUGUCCACUUGUUUUCCCUGCUUGACACAUAUCGACGUCGGGUUCCACAGGAAGCAUGGACAGAAUGGCCACUUGAUGAUGAGAGGUGGUCACAAUUGUGGAUCUCAACGCAGGCAGAGUACGAGCUACCAGGCUGUGACUCUUCGACUCUCAUCGCUUAUUUAAUGGCGAAUGAGUGGUUUCGUCGAGUUUGGAUCUUACAGGAGGUUCGGAAUGCAUACAAGGCUUCAAUUGGCUGCACUGCGGGUUGGAUUGACGCGAAGGUGUUUGCCAUCUCGAUUUCUCUCACUGGAAUCAAGCUGGACAGCCAGGUUCGUCGCCAUUCUUGUACUCCAACGAAGAUGGCACAGUUACAGGAGAUGAUCCCGAAACUCGCGGCCAUCGCGUUGGAGAGACUAGUUUUCUCCGGCGCAGGACCCGCGGAAGUGCAGACUCUCGUUCAGAGACAGAACUCAACGAUCUGGCUCUCAGAAGCCUUCAUCACCUACGCAUGGUGUACGCAAAAAGGUCUAUUUGACUACUUCCGCUCUAAACCUGUAUUUCGUGAAGAUCCUCAUAGCCAACUUACUGCAGAAUCGCCAUACUGGCGAGCACCUGAGGAAAAACAACCAGAAGGCGGAUAUCUGAAGCAGACUCUGCAGGGGAACAGCAUUGAGAGACCCCUUUAUCGGGAUGAUGAGAAGAUCCUGAGAGAGAACGAUGCGGCCAUUGCUCUGUUGUCUUCACAACCUAUUGGAGAAAAUCGACACAUCUACGUCACUGGAGAGUUCGUUGAUCAUGUAGCGCUUCAGGGCCCUGAUUCUUUCGAGUUGUUGCUUAGCAGCCGGGGAAGAGAAGUGGAGGUGACUCGGAAUGUGGUGCAGAGUUUGUCCCAGUGUGGUGCUGAUGUGGUUCAAAUGGUCCUUCGUCACCCUCAAGUUAAGAUUACGGAAGCAAUUACGAAUGAAACACUGCGCCAAGGCUUAGAGGCUACCAAAGCCUUGCUGGACAAACGUGGUAACGAAAUCCAGAUCACUGAAGAAGUUAUUAAGGAGGCAGCGAUAUAUUCUGAGUCAAGCAGCGAGAUGGCGAGGUUGUUGCUGAGUGAGAACGCAAACGUCAUUAUUACCAGGAGUUUACUUGCCGCCGUGGACCGGUGGUUCGGUGAAAAGGUAAUGGAAUCCUUGAUCAAAGAGAAGGGCUUACGGAUUGAGGUAACAAGCCAAGUUCUCCGAGCUAUCAGAUGGGCAGGAGGAGAUGUGGGGAUGAUCGAGGGGGUGCUCGGCAGCACAGCCCGAGCGACGGAAGACCUUGUCAACCUUCUAGCCUGGGCAUAUGAAGGAGGAUUCAUGCGGCUUCUGUUUGACAGACAAGUUGGAGCGGUCACAGUCACAGAAGAGACCGUUAGAUGUGCUGCGCACAAUCGUGUAGGAGGGUAUAUGCUCGAGCUACUUCUGAAUCAACAACCGUCGGGGUACAAGAUCACUGAAGAGGUUAUCAUAGCUGCUGCAGGAAACCCCGAUUUUGGAAGAGAAAUGAUAAGGCUUCUCCUUAUUCAACGCUGGAACGAAGUUGUCGUGACAGAGAGGGUUAUAGCGGCUGCGAAGAGGAAUGAAAACGUAUCUGAGGGGAAGGCUAUCAUAGAGCUUCUUCAUAGUAGGCAAAAGCAAGAUCGUGGAAUAUUGUCUCGGAAGAGGGAUUUCUUUCGCGGCACUAUAUAA